CCUCGAAUCGCCCUCGCUCACCACCGGAAAUUCUGGCCACGUCGAAUGCCAGUUUCCCUGGCGUCUUGUUAAAACCACCUGCUUUGCCCUGCCCUCACCAUGGCGAGCCCUGCUUCUCCAUGAUUUAACGCUCGUGCACACGCCUAGUCGCCGUCUGCCAGCUGCGUCCGCAUCCACGACCCCGUGGCCACACGGCUCAAGCUCCAACCGCCCCAAGUCUCUCUUCGUUCUGCGUCCGGUCCGUCUGCUCGUUGCCGACGACCGACGGACAGGAUGCAGCGCCAUCAUGCCUCUUCUCCUCCGCCACCGCCCUCCAGCCCAACGGCUGCGGUCUCGUCUUCGUCACCCGCCAACCCUUACCUCUCGCCCACGCGGUCGGUGCAGCACAAGGAGAGGCGCGUUCCCUCCGUCACGCCGAGGCGAUUCAGACGCUUCUUUACUCCGCGCUCGCUUUACCACACCUCCGGGGCUCGCACCGCGCUCGGAGUUAUGAAUUCUGCCGCCGUUAAUAGCCAGUUGCAGUCGCCCGUGUCUCCAUCCGGAGAACUGCUCAGCUCGGACCCCAUCUGCCCUUCAUCACCCACCGAGCGACUUGGUAUCAUGGACGAUCAAGACUCGGAGAAGCGGAAGCGGCACGGUCAAGAAGGACGGCAAAUCAAAAGGAGAAGGGGCAUUACCUUUGCCGACCCUCUGCAGCCACCCGCCCUGCUGCGUGUUGAUACCGAGAACCUACCCCGAUAUGCAGCAUCCGAGCUCCAGCGCGCGUGGUCCGAGGAGCGUCUGCCUCUGAGUGAGAGACGCAAGGCCACGCUGAGUCAGUUUUUCAAAGCUAGUCGCAGAGGCGUCUCCAGCCCGCACGAGAAGCUCCUCCCUCCCAGCCAAGAUGUUGUCGCUGGAGAGGAAAAGUCCUCCACUCUACCGGACUUGUACCAACCGCAGCCUAUUCGGAAACUUCGCAAUCGCGGCUUCGAGGCCCAGCUCCUCGAUCGCGCGCACGGCUUUGCCUCACACCAUGGCCGCCACCUGCUCAGCACACCAGCAUGCGAUCCGCGGACUCAGACAGCCGCCUUUUAUAGCGACAGCACCGACGUCCACCACUGCACACCCAUAGACGGACAGGGAAACUGCAUCCCCUUUAGCCUGGCGAGCUGCCACAACUCUGCUAUUACGGCCAUCGGCGAUGAACAGGGCUAUGUCCGGAUGUUCAAGGCGUCCAAGGUAUCCACCGAUGAGGACAAGCUCGCCUCGACCAUCAAGGCCCACGACAACGCCAUCAUGGACCUCGACUUCUCCAGCGACGACACCCGCCUGGCAACCGCGUGUGGCGACCGCUCCGGCAGGAUCGUUGACGUACCGACUGGCACGGUCGCUGUGGAGCUCGGCGGCGGCCACUGGGACUCGCUGCGCCAGAUCUCCUUUCAGCCCGGUAAGGACAAUGGCGCCGUGCUCGCCUCGUCGGACAGGGCCGGUCGCGUGCAGAUCUGGGACCUACGGUGCUCGUCACUGCCGGCACAGUCCUUCUCAACGAACAGCGUCUUUCAGGACCGCGAUACGGGGCUCGACCCCUUCGCCGCGCGAACCGUCAACACCAUCGACAACGCCCACGAGCGCACCGUUCAGGGCACCACGUCGGCGGCUUCCGUCACCGCCAUGGCCUGGCUACCCGGCGGCCGCGAGCACCUCCUCCUGACCGCCUCCGAGGCCAAUGCCUCCAUCAAGCUCUGGGACACGCGUUACAUCAGGCCCCGCCGGCAAGCUGAGGAGACGCCACUGGCGGCCACGCCCCAGCCGGCCAACCACGCCUGGCGCUCCUAUGGCAUCACAUCACUCGCCCUCGGCGGCGACGCCUCCCGUCUCUACGCCGUCUGCAAGGACAGCACCGUCUACGCCUACUCCACCGCCCAUCUCAUCCUCGGCCACGCCCCCGAGCUCCUUGACAACGCCUAUCGUCGUCGCCCCGCCGGCGUCGAGGGCCUCGGUCCCCUCUACGGCUUCAAGCACGACAUGUUCCGCGUCUCCUCCUUCUACGUCAAGUGCGCCGUCCGCCCAGCCCGCGACGGCAUGGCUGAGCUGCUCGCCGUGGGAGGCUCCGAUAACUGCGCUGUGCUCUUCCCCACGGACGAGCGGUACAUGCGAUCGACCUGGUCCCAGCGGGAGCACAUGCCCCGCGACACCCUUAUCUCGUCCUCCUUCAGCGCCGGCGCCGCCACGACGCCCUCGCAGUCCUUCACCUCGUCCUCCUUCCUCACGCCCUCUGGUCCGCACCCGUCCUCCUCCCCACUACCCAUCUUCCGCGGCGGGACCCCGCUCGUCCGCGGCCACGGCCGGGAGGUCACCACCGUGUCGUGGGCCGCCCAGGGCGCGGCCCUCGUCACCGCCUCGGACGACUACAUCGUGCGCAACUGGCAGGAGGACGACGGUCGCGCGCGCCACCUCCGCACCGUGGGCGAGUUUGGCGGCGAGAGGUUCCUGUCUGGCUGGGCCGACGUCGGCGCCGCCGACUGGGACGAGGACGAAUGUUGAUGGGGGAUUUGAUGCGGUCGCUCACGGACACGUGAUGGCGGCCAUAUAGCUACUUUGUGUGUUUUUUUGGCAUGGGACAGCGCGGAUGGCUUCUUGAGCGCGGCAUAUGGGAGGGGGGAGCUAGCGAUUUGACUCACGAUGCUCUUUGACGAGGCUUGUCUGUCAGACAGAUAUGACGGCCGUACGUAAUGAAUCACGAAGACGGUUCAAUGAUCGAGUAGAAAUGCAUGAUUGCAUGACGGUGUGGUAGUAGUCUAGGUGGUG